AUGGCCUCGGAUUGUCACUGUCACCUGGGCCCUUCUGUCUCUGAAGUCCCUGCCAAGGGGUGUGGGGAGGCGGCCAGGGGAGGGCUCUGCUCAGCACAGCCUCCCCGUCCCCCAGCCCGGAGAGCUGAACACAGAGGGAGAAGGCCCCCAGAGACGUGCUCCCCUGGAUGCGGGCCCCAGGCCCUGCCCUCCCUCUGCUUCGGCGUUCUGGUCCUGGCCUGUGUCGUGGCAUGCCAUCAAGAAGGGCCUGGGGGAUCUCCGACCCCGCCCCCGCCGCCAGAGCCAACCAAUAGUUCCUGGAGCCUGUUUCUGGGCAUGGUGAAGGAGUGGACAGAGCCGCUGGUGACCAGGACCAGAGAGUGGCAGUGGUUCUGGUGAGUAGGCCCCACGGCCCUCCAGGGCUUUGUGCAGACCUCCCAUGAUGACCGCCUGCGGGACCUGGGUUCCCACACGCAGGCCUGGCUCCGAAACUCCAAGGACAGUCUCCUGAGCAAGACUCACAACUUGUGUCCCCAGCUGUCCUGCAGGGACAGCGACCAGAAUUGAAGUGUCUCCGGUCUCUGCAAUAAAGAAGUUCUCCUCUGUGUCCCUGUCCCAGUUCCUCCCGGAUGCGGCCAGAGAUAACCCCACCCCAUCGACCUCGGACCUCCCAGAGGUUAAGGAGUAGCGGAAAUGGACACG